AUGGUUCAAUUCAAGGCUCACAGCAUCUUGGCUGGGGCCUACGGGGUAGUGGCUGCUGUUGCUGCCGCCUGCACAUCUGAUCUCCUCGUGGACGAUUUCUCCAGCUCGUCCACAACGAACAGAAAUAAUCUUGGUUCAUGGACUUCAGACACUUCAUCAUAUUUCUUCACUCAGGUGGGAUGUUUGGAUGCUUCGAAGUAUGGUGGGAUCUCACUCCGGAUCAAUGCCCCGGCGGGAACAACAUUCAAGAUCGAGUUGACUUCCAAGACGACGUGUGAGGGCGAGGUGACUGCGUAUUCAUCCCAGACGACUGCGCAACUAGGCUGGACCUUUGACGGAACCGAGAAGCUCUACAGCUUCCCCUGGUCAAAGUUCAGCGGAGUCAACCUCAGUAAACUGCGAUCUAUCGUUCUCGAAGCGCCGACACGCCCCAUCACACUAGGCCCGCUGGCACUCUACUGCGGAAGCACCCCGACUGGUUGGGUAGUGCCCACGGCCACCACCCCAACAGGACCAACUCAAACCGUCCCGGCACCAGCUGCUACGGCCUCUGGGCUUGUGAUUGACACCUUUGCCAACGCAAACACGAACUCUCUUGGGUUCUGGCAUGGUGGCGAUGAGUUGGGUCUUGCUUGGGGUUCGAAUCGUGUCACAAUCGUUGCCUCGGCUCCAGACUACGCCUUCACCAGUCUAAUGAGCGGGGGAUGUCGGGAUUUGCGCAGUCAAAGUGGAUCAUACUUACACAUCACCUACUCGGGUCAUACCAAGUUCUCUGUCUCAUUGCAGCAGCAUAACUCACAAUGCAAUGAUGGUGUGGCACCAUACCCUGAAACAAGAGAUAGUCUAGAAGCAAGCCGGUACGCGACUACGAGCAGCGACAUCUACAUCCCCAUCUCGCACUUCAACAUCAACCUCCAGCGUGUCGCCAGUAUUGCCAUUAGGGGCAUUUACAGUACUGAGCCCUUGGUCCUAACGAAGAUUGAGAUCGUGCCCUCCAUCCCUUCAGGGGUAAGCAUCCCCCAAAAGCUGCCCUCAGGAACCCUUGUCUUUGCCUGCACGCGGCCCAACUCUUUCGCGUUCGGCAUCGACGAUGGAAACCCAAAGUAUGCCGCCAGACUAGCGCAAAUCAUCCGCGACGCAGGGAUCAAAGUGACCUUCUUUGCCGUCGGCGCAGUGCUCGAGAACCCCUCCACCGGCAUGGCCAGCCUCUACCAACAGCUCAAGAGCGAGGGCCACCAGAUCGCACUGCACUCCUACACUCAUCCGAGAAUGGAAGGACUACCCGACACCGAGAGCAUCGACUGGGAGUACAACGAAGAUUACAGGGUGAUGACGAAUCUCUUUGGGGAGAGAUCGAACUACUUCCGCCCGCCGUACGGCGUCGAAGGUGCGCGAAUGCGUCAGCGCUGGGCCGCUGCGUCCGGAUCAGACAAGGCGUACCUUAUCAACUGGAGUGUCGAUGUGCAGGACUGGCUGUGGGCCGAGACGAGCACGCCAGAGAAGCAAGUGGAUUCGUUCAAGGCGGACGUUGCCAAGGGAGGCAACUUGGUGGUUAUGCACUUCUCGUACAACACAACAGUCGAGUACUUCCCAGAAUUUAUCAGGCAGGCCAAGGCUACCGGUAAGCAGAUUAUGAGGAUCGAUCAGUGUAUGGAGGACCCGAAUGCACCUCCGCUGUGA